UAUAAAUUCUAUGAUUUUUUUUGUUGAGUCGUGUUAUAAUAGAGGUAAUGUAACGUUAAUAUUUGAAAGGUACAUAACUAACUUCAUACCGUGUAAUUUUACGUCAAAAUAGAAAACAAAACUUACAUGAUUUUGUGCUAAUAAAAUUAGGAUUUUAAGUUUCCAGGAAUAUUUUGCAUUAAAAUGGAUGUUGUAAUAAAAGAGGAAUAUAUUAAGGAGGAACCUGAUGACACGUUUGUUGAUUGCAACAUUGUAAAAGAGGAAUACUGUGUCCAAGAAGAUACAGUAACGUUCCAAAUAACAGAAGAGCCUGAUUUUUCUACAUUAAAAUACGAAGCUGCGUCUGAUUUAACAGAUACUUUGAAAUGUGGAGAUCAUGAAAAGAUAAAAAGUGAGAAUAUGUGGCAAGUGGAUGAGACUCAAUACAAUAAAUUGGACCCUCUUGCGGAACAUAACAGCAGUUGUAGGAUUAUGGAUGACGAAGUAUUUUCACCAAAAAAUGGUAAUGACACUAAAACGAAAACGCCUGGACGCAAAAAGAAAGGAGAUCCCGAAAAGUGGGCUCAAAAUAUAAGAGUGAAGUCUCGAGAAAAAGGACUUCCUUAUAUCAACAGAGCUGGAAAAUUAAUUCCUCAGAAAUCUAAAAAGGAACCUUGCUACACAAAGUGUAGAAGGCGCUGUACGUCAAUCUUCAGUGAAGAGGAACGAGAUGUGAUCUUUCAGAAAUUUUGGAAUCUCAGUAAUAUUGAAAAGAAAUUCUUUUUCGCUGAAUUCAUCACGAAGAAGGAAAAAAAUAACAAACGUAAAACUGUUAAGCUUUCAAGGCGCACGUACACUUUUCAAUAUUACUUUGAAAGGAACAAUGAGAAAUAUCAAGUCUGUCGAACUUUUUUCUUAAAUACAAUUAACGUCUCGGAAACCUCUAUUUACUACUUUUUUGAUAAUAUGUACAAUUCUGACAGCGUUGCGAACAAAAUUAAAAAAAAUAGUAAAAGAAAAGAAUUAAAUAUCAAGAAAACAACAAAAGUGCGUCUAUUAAAAUAAGUUUUCGUUGUUUGAUUAAAAAAUCACAAAAAUGGAAAUUUGGACAAAUUAUUAAAAUCGUAAAAUAAAAGAUGAUGUAAAUAACAAACUAAAACAAAUUAAAUUAUUGUGAAAAUGAGAAUAAUAAUAUCAUUAUAAAAUAGUAUAAGAAAAUGAAUUAAAAUAAAAAUUGUAUAUAAUUAAAUUAUUUUCAUUCCAUUUCAUCACAUUUUUGCAAAAAAGUCGAAUAGUGAGACCUAUUAACCGGUUAUUCUAGAUCUUUUAUAAAACUAGGGUGAAAGGAACGUCUAUUGACACUUUAAGAACUCGUGUCAGCACCUAUUGACACCCUACUCUGUACCAUUUGGGAUAUGAAAUUUGAACAUCUCUGUUUAUAGUUAAAGGUAUAUUACAGAUAAAACGUUAUUUUACUUAUAUUUUACUAGAUACAUUAAAUAAUUUUCAACAUUUUGACAAAAGUGUCUAUAGGGGUCCCCUGUCGAACAGACGUUCCUCCGACCCUACUUGAAAAUUUAAAAAACUAUCGUAGAACUUGCUCUGGAAAUAUACCAAGAAAAAUAGAGUGAGAGAGUGUGGCAUGCAACAAAUAUGGAAACUUUUUAGUCAAAGAUUCAAUUUAGUUAAAAAUCGAUUGAAUAUUAUAAUGGACACAAACAUAUCUCUCACUUUAAUUCUCAGAAUUUGAUCAUAAAUGUAUCCACAGAAAGUUUUUGUAAAAUUCUACAAGUCUUGAGAACAUUACAACUUCGCGUUUCGUGAUUUAACCGAUAAAGACGCCAAAAACAGAAAAAAAUAUAUUUUCAAAAUUACCAUGUUUCACAAGAGUUAACUCAUUCUCAUUCCUGUUUUUUCUAAAAAGAAUUUCUGGUUUUUCACGGUUUCACGAUGCAAAAAUUGGGUUUCUCGGGUUUCGCGAUGCAGUUUUUGGGUUUCUCCGGUUUAUUUUAUUUAUUUAUUUUUAUUUUAAUGAUAAUCUAUUGAAACUAUGUGUUUCUUAUGGCCUCUACACAUUGAGAGAAUUUUUUUUUGUCAAAAAUUGCUUUUUUGAAGGAAAUUCCCUGCAGCGUUGUAGGGGGAAACGUCAAAUUUCUGUCAAAAACGCAAUUUUUGACGAAAAUUGCUUCCAAUGUGUAGACACCUUUAGAGGCAACAUUACAGGCAGGAAAUUAUUUGCGUCCACCGCCGUCUCAGCGUUGGUGACCAACCUACUCCAGAGCCAAACGGUAGAAAUGCUCCUUCUCAGGUUGUAUAAGCCAGGGAAGGAGUACAGUUUAACAGAAGUGAAAAGAAGAGAAAGAAAA